GCCCUCCCCUUCCCCUGAAACUAGGUCGCAAUCCCGCCCUCUUCGUUAGUACUUCCUGUUCCCGGCUAACACUGGCGCAGGGCCCGGGGCCGAGGAGUGACCGUGGCCCGGGUGACCUGGGGCGGCUUUGCCGACCGAGUCGGGCCGCGACGCCGGACACCGGGCGGGAGGGGUGGCGUUCAAGCCGCGCGCAGCCUGCGCCAGGUCCCGGCGGGCGACGCGGCUGGGGCUGACUCCUGUCUCAGGAUGCCGGGGGAGGAGGAGCGGGCCUUCCUGGCGGCCCGCGAGGAGCUGUCGAGCGCCCUGAGGAAGGAUUCCGGGCAGGUGUUUUCCGUAGAGCAGCUCCGGCCGCUAUUGGUCACAUCCCUGCCGCCAGCGGCCCGCUACCUGCAGCUGGACGCCGCACGCCUGGUCCGCUGCAAUGCUCAUGGGGAGCCCCGAAACUACCUCAACACCCUGUCCACGGCCCUGAACAUCCUGGAGAAAUAUGGCCGCAACCUUCUCAGCCCUCAGCGGCCCCGGUAUUGGCGCGGGGUCAAGUUCAAUAACCCUGUCUUUCGCAGUACGGUGGAUGCUGUGCAGGGGGGCCGGGACGUUCUGCGAUUGUAUGGCUACACAGAGGAGCAGCCAGAUGGGUUGAGUUUCCCUGAGGGGCAGGAGGAGCCAGAUGAGCACCAAGUAGCUACAGUCACACUAGAAGUACUGCUGCUUCGGACAGAGCUCAGCCUGCUGUUACAGAAUACUCACCCAAGACAACAAGCACUGGAGCAGCUGCUGGAAGACAAGGUUGAGGAUGAUGUAAGGAAGAUACUGCAGCUCUCAGAGUUUGCCCCCUUACUGAGAGAGAUUGCUCCUGGCCCCCUCACCACACCCUCUGCCCCAGGCUCCACUCCUGGUCCCUGCUUCCUCUGUGGUUCUGCCCCAGGCACACUGCACUGUUCAACCUGUAAACAGGCCUUGUGUCCAGCUUGUGAUCGCCUAUUCCAUGGACACCCGUCCCGUGCCCAUCACCUCCGUCAGACCCUGCCGGGGGGCUCCCAAACCACCCACCUGACUCCCAGCUUACCUGCCUUAGCUCCACUGCGGCCUCAGUCAGCAUCCCUGCUGGCCCUGGGAGACAGCUCUCUUGUGCUUCCCCUGAAAGCUUCCCCUGAUCCUGCAAAUGCCCGUCUGCCCUGGCACUGUGCUGCCUGUGCCAUGUUAAAUGAAUCUUGGGCAGUGCUCUGUGUGGCCUGUGAUCGGCCCCGAGGCUGUAAGGGGUUGGGGCUGGGGAUUGAGGGUUCCCAAGGAACUGGGGGCCUAGAACCUGAGCUUGCACGGGGUCGCUGGGCCUGCCAGAGCUGCACCUUUGAGAAUGAGGCAGCAGCUGUGCUGUGUGCCAUCUGUGAGCGACCUCGGCUGGCUCAGCCUCCUAGCUUGGUGGUGGAUUCUCGGGAUACUGGCAUUUGCCUGCAGCCCCUUCAGCAGGGGGAUACUUUGCUCUCCUCUGCCCAGCCUCCAGUCUGGUACUGUAUUCACUGUACCUUCUGCAACUCGGGCCCUGGCUGGGUGUGUGCUAUGUGCAACCGGACCAGCAGCCCCAUCCUGGUACAGCAGGCCCCCCAGCUCCAUGCCAGCUCUUUGGAAGAGCGACUUCCUGAGCCACGGCCUCCACGGUGCCUCAGUGCCCCCCUGCCCGGUUACUGUGGGGACCCUGAGAAGCAGCGCCAGGACAAGAUGCGGGAGGAAGGUCUCCAACUAGUGAUGAAGAUCCGGGAAGGGGAAGCUGCAGGUGCCUGUCCAGAGGAGGUCUUCUCAGCUCUACAGUACUCAGGCACUGAGGUGCCCCUGCAAUGGUUGCGCUCGGAGCUGCCCUACGUGCUGGAAAUGGUGGCCGAGCUGGCAGGACAGCAGGACCCGGGGCUGGGUGCCUUUUCCUGUCAGGAGGCCCGGAAAGCCUGGCUGGACCGUCAUGGCAAUCUUGAUGAAGCUGUGGAAGAGUGUGUGAGGGCCCGGCGGAGGAAGGUGCAGGAACUCCGGUCCCUGGGCUUUGGGCCCGAGGAGGGGUCUCUUCAAGCAUUGUUCCAACAUGGUGGUGAUGUGGCACGGGCCCUGACAGAACUACAGCGCCAGCGCCUAGAGCCCUUCCAUCAGCGCCUCUGGGACAAGGGCCUUGAUCCCACUCCUUCCUGGGAUGGGCCAGAUAAGCAGAGUCUGGUCAGACGGCUUUUGGCAGUCUACGCCCUCCCCAGCUGGGGCCGAGCAGAGCUGGCACUGUCACUGCUGCAGGAGACACCCAGGAAUUAUGAGCUGGGAGAUGUGGUGGAAGCUGUGAGGCACAGCCAGGACCGGGCCUUCCUGCGCCGCUUGCUUGCCCAGGAGUGUGCCGUGUGUGGCUGGGCCCUGCCCCGCAACCGGAUGCAGGCCCUGACUUCCUGUGAGUGCACCAUCUGUCCCGACUGCUUCCGCCAGCACUUCACCAUCGCCCUGAAGGAGAAACACAUCACAGACAUGGUGUGCCCCGCCUGUGGCCGCCCUGACCUCACCGAUGACACGCAGUUGCUCAGCUACUUUUCUACACUUGACAUCCAGCUUCGGGAGAGCCUGGAGCCAGAUGCCUAUGCACUGUUUCACAAGAAGCUGACUGAGGGUGUGCUCAUGCGGGACCCCAAAUUCUUGUGGUGUGCCCAAUGCUCCUUUGGCUUCAUAUAUGAACGGGAGCAGCUGGAGGCAACAUGUCCCCAGUGUCACCAGACCUUCUGUGUGCGCUGUAAGCGCCAGUGGGAGGAGCAGCACCGAGGCCGGAGCUGUGAGGAUUUCCAGAACUGGAAACGCAACAAUGACCCCGAAUACCAGGCCCAGGGCCUAGCCCUGUAUCUUCAGGAGAAUGGCAUCGACUGCCCCAAGUGCAAGUUCUCGUAUGCACUGGCCCGAGGAGGCUGCAUGCACUUUCACUGCACCCAAUGCCGCCACCAGUUCUGCAGCGGCUGCUACAAUGCCUUUUACGCCAAGAAUAAAUGUCCAGACCCUAACUGCAGGGUGAAAAAGUCCCUGCAUGGCCACCACCCACGAGACUGCCUCUUUUACCUGCGGGACUGGACUGCUCUCCGGCUCCAGAAGCUGCUACAGGACAAUAAUGUCAUGUUCAACACAGAACCCCCAGCAGGGGCCCGGGCAGUUCCUGGCGGUGGCUGCCGAGUGAUGGAGCAGAAGGAAGUCCCUAAUGGGUUCCGGGAUGAAGCUUGUGGCAAGGAGACUCCAGCUGGCCAUGCUGGCCUCUGCCAGGCACACUACAAAGAGUAUCUUGUGAGCCUCAUCAACGCGCACUCACUGGACCCAGCCACCCUAUAUGAGGUGGAGGAGCUGGAGACGGCUGCUGAGCGCUACCUGCACGUGCGCCCUCAGCCAGUGGCAGGGGAGGAUGCCCCUGCCUACCAUGCCCGCUUGUUACAGAAGCUGAUGGAAGAGGUGCCCUUGGGACAGAGUAUCCCUCGCAGGAGGAAGUAGUGGGGUGGAGGGGGGCAAGGAUCCUCAUGAGUGUCUCAAGGCCGAACCUCCUCAGGAACAGCUCCAGCACCAAUAAAGAGGCAUCUCCUUGCCCAGG